GAGGAGUUGGUGCAAGUGCAGGAGGUUCUUAUAUUCUUUUGCUAACACAGAUUCCAAGCAGGCUAAACUUUGUUGGCUCAGUUUCAAUCUUGGUUCCAAGAUGAGAAUCGACAUGCUGCCGUGACACUGUCGUGCUGCAGACAUUUUAGGUUCCAACUUGCACUUCAAGCGCCGAGAAGGUGACGUGACUGUUCAAGCCUUUGCAAUGACGCAGCUGCAGGUCCCACAGGUCCAAGCUCCAAUUUCUCCCAAUUCCACCAGUUCCAGUCCCACAAAGAAGAAGGAGAAAGCGGCGCAAAUCCGAAAGAGUUUCCAGAGACCCAAGUUUUGGGUCAUGGGCUUCGGUUGGUGUCUUGCAGCAUGCGCUGGUUCUGCCAAUGUCAUUGCUUUCAAGAGUUGGAACCUUUAUGCAUCCCACGUGACUGGGAGCACAUCUGCGAUGGCGUUCAGACUUGAAGGCUACCAUCAGGGUGAAUAUGGAUCGGAAAGUCUCACAGAGGCAUGCCUUUUGGUCCUCUCCUUCUUGCUGGGCGCCUAUGCAUGUGGCAUUUUGAUCGACAAGAAUCAGGUGCACUUUUUGGGCAAGGCCUUUUAUGGUUUGGCUCUGGUGCUGAAUUCCACCUUGCUUGUGACAGCGGCAUUUCUCCCAGGGGCUUUGCUUCCCACCUGCUUUGUGGCUGCAGCAUGUGGUUUGCAGAAUGCCAUGUGCACCUCCCAUUUCGGUGCCAUUAUUCGGACGACACAUGUAACAGGGACUGUAACAGACAUCGGCUCAACCUUGGGGCGGAUCAGUAUGAUCUACCUUCGGAAGGGCUGCCGACGUUCAAAGUUGGAUGACGUCGAGCGUGCAGAAGUUGGCGUGGAUGGUCGAAAGUUGGCGGUCCUUUUUGGACUUUGGAGCUUCUACUUCAUGGGCGGGCUCUUUGGAAUCUACAUGGAAAAUAUCAUCCCAGGGCCACCGCAACGUGCCCUACUGCUCCCUGCCACCUUCACUGGCAGCUUGGGGCUCUUCUACAUGGCAUGUCGGCAGAUCUUGAAGGAUUACAUCAAAAAGUUGGAGCAAGAACGCUUCGAAGCCGACCUGCAUGAUGCACAUGAAGCCCUGGCGCACAUGAACACCCGACUUCACACGCUGGAGCGAAACCACUCGGUGGCGGACUUGGAUGAAGAAAUGGGACAGAUGAUCGAGGCUCUUCAUGAAGUGGAGGCAGAUUUCGAGAACCUCUACCGCACACACAGCCAAAUGCAGGUAGGAAGGGAGAGUGCCAAGAGCUCCACUACCAGAGCAUGACCAGUGUGAAAGCACCAAAUCCCAGCCUGUGCCCACAAUUCAUGCUCUUCCUAAUUCAAGCAUUGUGCUAAAUGCUGCCGGACAGGCCUAGCAUGCAGCUCACACCCAGUAAAGUCAUUUGAGAUUUUUGAAGUAGCGCCAAGGCAGGUUCUGAUUGAGGCCUAAGUGCUUCUGCCAAUAGAUGCCGAGGCAUGUUCAUCUGGACAGAGAACGACGGCAUGGUAACGCCUGAGCAAGGGCUCUGGGUUCCUGGCGAUUUUGACCUUCAGGGAAGCACAUCAAUCGCUUGGACUCUUAAAAGAAGGGCCAAGACGAGCGAUGAUGCUCUCUCUCGGGCGAUGCGGCAAAACAGCCAAGCCGCCCCUGAGUACUGAAGGCAGACUCAUACCCAAACUCCUGUCUGGAAAAA